AUGGCUACCACAUUGAGUCCCAGCACCGCGCCUCAGACUGAGGAGCCUCCUGUACUGUCAGAGCGCAUUCGGAAUGCUGCGGACAUCUCUGUCAUUGUCAUCUACUUUGCAGCGGUGCUAGCUGUGGGGCUGUGGGCAAUGGUGAGAAGCAACAGAGGCACUGUUGGAGGCUUCUUCCUGGCUGGUCGUGACAUGGCCUGGUGGCCGGCCUUGCUUAUGGUGCUGGUUCUUGGGUGGGUGUUUGUCCCCAUCUACAUCAAGGCAGGGGUGUUGACCAUGCCAGAGUAUCUUAGGAAACGGUUCGGUGGGAAGAGACUGCAGAUCUACCUUUCUGUCCUCUCCCUCUUCAUCAUGGUGGCUAUCCAAAUUUCCUCAAACAUAUUUUCCGGAGCCAUAUUCAUCCAACUGGCCUUGGGAUUGAACCUCUACCUGGCUGUCUUCAUCCUCUUGGCUAUCACUGCUUUUUACACAGUGGCUGGGGGCUUGGCCUCAGUGAUCUACACAGACUCUCUGCAGACUUUAAUCAUGCUGGUUGGCUCUUUAAUUCUCAUGGGGUUUGCAUUUGCUGAAGUUGGAGGCUAUGAGAGCUUUACAGAGAAGUACAUGAAUGCCAUCCCCUCUAUAGUCGAGGGGGACAACCUGACGAUCAGCCCCAAGUGCUACACUCCUCAGCCAGACUCCUUCCACAUCUUCCGAGAUCCUAUCACUGGAGACAUCCCAUGGCCAGGACUGAUAUUUGGAAUGACCAUUUUGGCCAUCUGGUACUGGUGUGCAGAUCAGGUCGUUGUACAGCGCUGCUUAUGUGGCAAGAACAUGUCCCACGUGAAGGCUGCCUGCAUCAUGUGUGGCUACCUGAAGCUGCUCCCCAUGUUCCUCAUGGUGAUGCCAGGCAUGAUCAGCCGCAUUCUGUACACAGAUAAGGUGGCCUGUGUUGUGCCUUCCGAGUGUGUGAAACAGUGUGGCACUUCGGCCGGCUGUACCAACUAUGCUUACCCCACCCUGGUCCUGGAGCUGAUGCCUGAUGGACUACGAGGCCUGAUGCUGUCGGUCAUGUUGGCUUCUCUCAUGAGCUCCCUGACUUCCAUCUUCAACAGUGCCAGCACCCUCUUCACCAUGGACCUGUACGCCAAGAUAAGGAAGAAGGCGUCAGAGAGAGAGCUCAUGAUAGCCGGACGGGUAUUUGGCAUCAUUCUGAUUGUCAUCAGCAUCCUGUGGGUCCCACUGGUCCAGGCGUCACAGAAUGGACAGCUCUUCCACUAUAUUUCCUCAUUUGCUAGCUACAUUGGGCCUCCUAUUGGUGCUGUCUUCACCCUUGCCAUCUUCUUCAAAAGGGUCAAUGAACAGGUUCUUAAUCACCUGGGCCCUGCCUAUCUUUUUGUGGAUGCCCACGGAUUCUUUAGCACCAGCCAUGGAGAGAAGGGAGGGGACCAGGAGCUGCAGCCAUUGUGCUGUGGCUCUUCCUCUCCUCCGCUGUCUGAGUUCUUGUACCAGAAGGGACCAGAGGCCAAGGUUCUCACAAACGGCAGAUGGGAAGCCUCUGGGCUGCUAUAG